UUAUUUUGAGAAACACAUAAGCUCCCGGGGUUAUUUUUUAAAGAAUUGUGGAUUCUCGAUAGGCUAAGGCUACUAUUGUUUUUUUUUCUCAAUGCAAUCGCGUUUUUUAUUCCAGUAGUAACAUACUUCGAGCAGAACAUGCUGAAAUGGGCUAGACACGUGUAGAAACUACGGUGACGUGCUUCCUUCUUUGCCAACUGACAACUUAAAACAGGUAUCAUUUCCUGCUCUCUCCGUCAAAUCUUGCGGCGGCACGCAUGAUUUGGCUGGAGAAGUGGGUCUCUGAGCCCUGAGAAGGGAGUCCAUACUUACACUGAGCUUGUUCCUUUGGCUCCGGUUUGUCUUCAGAACAGCCGCCACCGCCCCCCCCCCCCCCCAGAAUGAAUUCCACCCAGUCUCAGCUGGACAACGCCACCAUAGCCAUGUUCCAGGACAAGACGACCAGCCAGGCGAUGUCCGUGGUGUACGUCCUCAUCUUCCUCAUCAACGUCCCGGGCAACGGCGUCUCCCUGUGGCUGCUGUGGUUCCGCACCUUCCCCAAGACGCCCUCCAUCAUCUUCAUGAUCAACCUGACGCUCACCGACCUGGCGGUGGGGCUCGCCCUGCCCCUGCAGAUCAGCUACCAGCUGCGGGGCUACAACUGGCCCUACGGCUCAGGCCUGUGCAGCUUCAUGACCCUGCUCUUCUACUCCAACAUGUACUGCUCCAUCCUCACCAUGAUGGCCAUCAGCGUGGACCGCUACCUGGGCAUCGUGCGGCCCGUGCAGUUCCGCGAUCUCAAGCGGAGGAAGGAGUGCGCCGUGUUCGGGUGCCUGUUCAUGUGGGCCGUGGUGCUGGCCGCCCUGUACCCGCUGGCCAGCACCGACCUCACCUACGAGGUCAGGGGCCUCAACAUCACCACCUGCUUCGACGUCCUGAAGAAGGACAUGCUGCCCACCAUUCAUCGCUGGGCCAUCUUCCUCUUCACGCUGUUGGGCGUCCUCUUCCUCGCCCCCUUCGUCAUAACGGUGAUGUGCUACGUCAGCAUCAUCCACAAGCUGGUCCGGACCAGCAAGAGCUACCAGAAGGGCAGGGCCCUGCGCCUGGCCCUCGCCGUGCUCGCCGUCUUCGUCAUCUGCUUCACGCCCAACAACGUCCUCCUGCUGGCUCACUCCGUGCGCCGGCUGUACUACGGCGACUCGCUGUACACGGCCUACAAGCUGUCCCUCUGCCUCAGCUGCGCCAACAGCUGUGUGGACCCCUUCAUCUACUACUUCGCCUCCAAGGAGUUUCGCCGGAAGCUGAGGCGGGUCCUGCGGCUGGAGGACGUCAGCAGCAUGGAGGGCGCCCGGACCGAGCUGAGGCGGGACAGCCUGUUCUCCGCCCGGUCCAACCAGGGCCCCCCCGAAAACGACGAGGGCGGAGCCUCCGUCACGCUGAGGGACGAGCCCGUUCAGCAGCCUGCUUUUUGAGGGCCUUGAGGUGACCUUUUGGGUUUGCAAGGAAAUGGAAAUUAGGUGAUUUUUUUUUUUUUUUUUCCAGCCGGCGUCGUCCUCAGCAAGAUGUGCCUUACGGACAUGAAGACGGAUUAUGCGUUUGGAUGGACCUGUUUGUAUAAUCCAAAUCAUUAUGAUCAAUCUUGAUAGGUUCAUACAGCCAUUUCAGCUUGACAGAGGAUUACAGUAUUAUCACAUCUGGGGACAGAGGCAUUCUAUAUUCUAGUGUACUUCUACGUCAUCAGUACAAUUCCACAAAGGAUGAAUGCAUGCAAGCAGAUGGGAUUUGCAUAACAAGGUGGAAAAUUUGUAAUUAAUUACUUAGAAACACAUGCCUCACAGCGCCUAGUGACUGAAUGUGAACGAAUGGUUGUAACAGUAUUUCUAAACUAGCAGUGGGUGCGAGUAUAACUUAUUUUAAAUUCUAUGGCCAUGAACCAACCUUUUUUAAUCAGGAUUCUAUUUUUGCUUUAUUCCAGUUUAUUUAACUUCCUCCCUCAAAGGGGCAAUACUUGAACAUAACUGUAACUCCACCAUAUUUAAUGGUUACACAUAAUUAGUUUUCUUUUUCCAAUGCCUUUAAAAACCUCUGAACACAGACAGAUGCUGUUGAGCCUAUAUGCUGCACCCUUGGCUAAACUUAGUAUCAUAUAUGCUACCUGUAUAACCUAUACAUAUUCCUCAAUAAAAAAUGAAGCACUUCUAUUUUAACAUGUUUAAUACACAAUAAGGCUAUUUUAUUUUGUGCUUUUUUGCUUUAAAAUGCUUCCGUUUAUAAACCCACAGUGGAGGACAUUAAGGAUACAGUGCUUGAGAACUCAAAGAAGGUUUUUCUUCACUUUCAGAAUUGAAUGUCUCAUAUACACUUGCCAUAAAACCUCACUUAAAUAUUUUAUGUCAUUCUGUUGGAUUUUCACUGCUUUGUACAAGCUGGUGAUUGUGUGACGGGUGCCUCGUUUGUGUUUUAAUAAAGCUUGAACGCAAUGAA